UGAAGGUCUCAUCAGCAGUUCAGGACCAGUCUGGUUCUCAGGUUUGGAAGGUGACCUUGGUGUCACGAGUUGUCCAGAGCACUCACACAGAUCCUGGAUCCACUCAACAGGAAGAGGAUUUAAGACUCUUUGUAGCCCUCAGAGCGGUGCGAUGGAGGAUGGGAAGCCGGUGUGGGCGCCCCACCCAACAGACGGGUUCCAGCUGGGAACCAUAGUGGACAUCGGAGCCGACAGCCUCACCAUCGAACCUCUUAAACAGAAGGGAAAGACAUUUUUGGCUCCGAUCAACCAGGUCUUCCCCGCAGAGGAUGACGUCAACAAGCACGUGGAGGACAACUGCUCUUUGAUGUACCUGAAUGAAGCCACUCUACUCAACAAUGUUCGCGUGAGAUACAGCAAAGACAAAAUCUAUACGUUUGUAGCCAACAUCCUGAUCGCGGUGAACCCGUACUAUGACAUCCCAAAGCUUUACUCGCCGGAGACCAUCAAGCAGUACCGGGGCCGGUCUCUGGGCACGCUGCCGCCACACGUCUUCGCCAUCGCUGAUAAGGCCUACAGGGACAUGAAGGUCCUGAAGAUGAGCCAGUCCAUCAUCGUCUCAGGGGAGUCCGGGGCCGGGAAGACUGAAAACACUAAGUUUGUUCUCAGAUACCUGACGACCUCCUAUGGCACCGGGCAGGACAUCGACGAGAGAAUCGUGGAAGCGAACCCGUUGCUGGAGGCUUUCGGAAAUGCAAAAACUGUCCGGAACAACAACAGCAGCCGCUUUGGAAAGUUUGUGGAAAUCCACUUCAAUGAGAAGAACGCCGUCGUGGGCGGCUUCGUGUCGCACUACCUGCUGGAGAAGUCAAGGAUCUGCAGACAAAGCCCCGAGGAGAGAAACUACCACAUCUUCUACCGACUGUGUGCCGGAGCGUCCGAGGACAUCAGGCAGAAGUUCCACCUCAGCUCCCCGGACGCCUUCAGGUACCUGAACAGAGGAUGCACUCGCUUCUUUGCCUCCAAGGAAACAGACAAGCAGAUCCUGCAGAAUCGCAAGAGCCCGGAGCACAUGAAGUCGGGCCCUCUGAAGGACCCGCUGCUGGACGACCACGGAGACUUCAACAGGAUGUGCGUGGCCAUGAAGAAGAUCGGCCUGGACGACGUGGAGAAGCUGGACCUGUUCAGGGUGGUGGCCGGCGUGCUGCACCUCGGCAACAUCGACUUUGAGGAGGCCGGGAGCACGUCAGGCGGCUGUACCAUCAAGAACCAGUCGAGCCAGACGCUGGAGCAUUGUGCAGAGCUGCUGGGCCUGGAGGAGGAGGACCUGAGGGUCAGCCUCACCUCCAGGGUGAUGCUUACAACAGCAGGGGGCGCCAAAGGAACAGUCAUCAAGGUGCCUCUCAAAGUGGAGCAGGCCAACAACGCCCGGGACGCCCUGGCGAAGGCCGUGUACAGCCGCCUGUUCGACCACGUGGUCACCAGGGUCAACCAGUGCUUCCCCUUCGACUCCUCCGCCAACUUCAUCGGCGUCCUGGACAUCGCUGGCUUCGAGUACUUUGAACACAACAGCUUCGAGCAGUUCUGCAUCAACUACUGUAACGAGAAGCUGCAGCAGUUCUUCAAUGAGCGCAUCCUGAAGGAGGAGCAGGAGCUGUACCAGAGGGAGGGGCUCGGAGUCAACGAGGUCCACUACGUCGACAAUCAGGACUGCAUAGACCUGGUGGAGGCGAAGCUGGUCGGCAUCCUGGACAUCCUGGACGAAGAGAACCGACUACCUCAGCCCAGCGACCAGCACUUCACUGACACCGUUCACAACAAACACAAGGACCACUUCCGCCUCACUGUACCCAGGAAGUCUAAGCUGACCGUCCACAGGAACGUGAGGGAUGAUGAGGGAUUUAUUAUCAGACACUUUGCAGGAGCCGUGUGCUACGAGACGACCAAGUUCGUGGAGAAGAACAACGACGCUCUGCACAUGUCUCUGGAGUGCCUGGUCAGUGAGUCCAAAGACCGCUUCGUCCGCGAGCUCUUCGAAAACUCCAACAACAGCAAAGACGUGAAGCAGAAGGCGGGAAAACUCAGCUUCAUCAGCGUUGGCAACAAGUUCAAGACGCAGCUGAAUAUUCUUCUGGACAAGCUCCGCAGCACGGGCUCCAGCUUCGUCCGCUGCAUCAAGCCCAACCUGAAGAUGGUCAGCCACCAGUUUGAAGGGGCUCAGAUCCUCUCCCAGCUGCAGUGCUCCGGUAUGGUGUCGGUGCUGGACCUCAUGCAGGGCGGCUUCCCUUCCAGGGCUCCCUUCCACGAACUCUACAACAUGUACCAGAAGUACAUGCCUGCAAAACUCACCCGCCUCGACCCCCGCCUCUUCUGCAAGGCUUUGUUCAAAGCUCUGGGACUGAAUGAGAACGACUACAAGUUUGGCCUGACCAGAGUGUUUUUCAGGCCCGGGAAGUUUGCAGAGUUUGACCAGAUCAUGAAGUCGGACCCGGACCACCUGGCAGAACUGGUGAAGAAGGUCAACAAGUGGCUCAUCCACAGCCGCUGGAAGAAGGUCCAGUGGUGCGCUCUGUCCGUCAUCAAGCUGAAGAACAAGAUUUUGUACCGGGCCAAUGCCUGCAUAAACAUGCAGAAGACGGUGCGCAUGUGGCUCUGCAGGAAGAAGCACAAGCCUCGGAUCGACGGGUUGGUCAAGGUGCGAAGCCUGAAGAAGAGGAUGGACCGCUUCAACGAGGUGGUGACUGGGCUGAAGGAGGGCAAACAGGAGAUGAGCAAACAGGUCCGGGACCUGGAGGCCGCCAUCGACUCCCUGGUGGUCAAAAUCAAGAGCACCACCAUGAGCCGCCUGGACAUCGACCACGACUACAAGGCCCUGGUGACCCGGUCGGAGCAGCUGCUGACCGCCAUGCAGAACAAGAAGAAGGAGGAGGAGGAGCGCGAGCGGCUGCGGCGCAUCCAGGAGGAGAUGGAGAGGGAGAAGAAGAGGAGGGAGGAGGAGGAGCAGCGCCGCAAGCAGGAGGAGGAGGAGAGGCGACUGAAAGCAGAGAUGGAGCUGAAGAGGAAGCAGGAAGAGGAGGAGAGGAGGAGGAGAGAGGAGGAGGAGAGGAGGAUUCAGGAGGAGAUGGAGCUGCAGCUGCAGGUGGAGCGAGAGGAGGAGGCAGCUCGGCAGGCCGUCCUGGAGCAGGAGAGGAGGGACCGCGAGCUGGCGCUGAGGAUCGCCCAGAGCGAGGCGGAGCUCAUCCCCGAGGAGGUGACCAACGACUCGGGCCUGCGAAGUAACGGCUCCUCAGUCCCGUCGUCCCCAGAGAGAGCAGCAGGUCCACAGGUCCAGGCCUCCAAGGCUGCAGCCGGUGCCAAGAAGUACGAACUGAGCAAGUGGAAGUACGCUGAGCUGCGGGACGCCAUCAAUACCUCAUGUGACAUCGAGCUGCUGGCCGCCUGCAGGGAGGAGUUUCACCGCCGCCUCAAAGUGUACCACGCCUGGAAGUCAAAGAACAAGAAAAGAAACACGGAGACGGAGCAGCGAGCGCCCAAGUCCGUCACCGACUACGAUCAUGCACCACCUGUGAAAAAAGCAUCCCAGCAGAACCCGGCCCCGCCCAUCCCGGCCCGGCAGUACGAGGCGGCCAUGAGCCGACAGCAGCGCUACUUCCGUAUCCCGUUCAUCCGGCCGGGUGACCAGUACAAAGACCCCCAGAACAAGAAGAAAGGCUGGUGGUACGCUCACUUCGACGGGCCCUGGAUCGCCAGGCAGAUGGAGCUGCAUCCCGACAAACACCCCAUCCUGCUGGUGGCAGGAAAGGACGACAUGGAGAUGUGCGAGCUGAGUCUGGAGGAGACGGGCCUGUCGAGGAAGAGGGGAGCCGAGAUCCUCCCCCGGCAGUUCGAGGAGAUCUGGGAGCGCUGCGGCGGGAUCCAGUACCUGCGCAGCGCCAUCGAGAGCCGGCAGGCGCGGCCCACCUACGCCACGGCGACUGCAGAGCAUGUUCAAGUGACGGGGCCCGGGGCUUCUCACUGCAAACAAAGGGACAAAUGCACCAGCUACCUAACACAGAUGGCGUCUGAGCGCAGCGCACCAGGUUCUGACCGGCUUUCGGCCAUUUUUCUUCGCUGUCCUUUUGUUUUUCUUGCCGUGUCGUUUAUUUUUCUUUGUUCUAGCUGGCUUUGGGUUCCUGGAGACGGGGCGAGCGCAGGGAGGUUUUGCGGUGAACCCUAUGCAGGAAAAUCACUCUAAAUUAACGCAUGUGGUUGUUUUUCUGGGGAGAUCUGUUCUCUGUCACAUGUCUAACGACGAGGCCUUAACGCUACUCUAACAGGGUUUCAUUGCCACAGGUGGGACUUUGUUCUUUGGUUCAACCAAGCAAGAAAACUGAAUUCCUUUGUAAUUAUUAUUAUUAUGCAUUCCUGAUUAUCAGUCUUACUGGUGUGUGGCUUCCAUCUUAACGGCUAGCUGGUGGUCCGCGUCCGACUUUAGACCUGCUGUUUACGUUGUCCUCAUGUGGCUCUUAUGGGGCGAAACCCACGAGCUCGCCGAGCUGCACGAGCGCCCUUAAUUCAGUCAGAUAUUUGCUAAUAAACGCUUUUUACCUUUUGGUCUUUCCAGCCGAA